GGUCGAAAUGGACCUUUGAAACCGACCCUGGGUCACAUGCAGUACUAUCGCGAGUAGCCGCCGAGGAGAACCGGGCUCGAUGGCAUCGGGUAGGCCGUGUUACACAGACCGCCAAAGUCGCCCCCGUUUAGCGAGCUCGCCACAGGAGCGCGAUUUCAUUGGUUUGCCAUACUUCCUUAAUAGCGCGAUUUGUGAGCCGCGAACUCGUGCAGACCGAAGCCCGUCUUCAACAGUUUUCCGCAGUUCCCUGGCGUGCCCGUUAUAAGUGCGGGGAAAGAAAAUCAUUUACAGGCGGUGCCCAUUGCGAACAAAUAUGGAAGCCAGCGUUUUCGUGAGGUUCUGGAUUUAGCUUCCGUUUUUGUCGAAAGUUUGCUACGCAAUGCACUUGUGGGUUUGUCUUAUUAGCCUUUAAUUUGCGACAAUUCAAAAUUUCGAAAAACCUUGCAACCGGUCGGACUCAGUGCCGCGACCGCGCGAAUUCCCUACAUCCCGACUCAGCCUAGACACAUUAACACGCCAUUAUUGUUCCUUAACAUACGUUGCGCCUUUGGAUUGGGGCUCAAAGCGUUCCGCGCCGGACAUGCAGUGGUUGAUUGGUUAACAAAGUCGCGCUCACCAGGACUGAGCAUGUGAACCCGAAAGCUUGCUGAAUGGUGUCAUACGAAUGGCUGCUUCUGAUUCGGGCCUGUCCAGAGCCCUCCUGGUGGCUGGGGAGAUGCCCUAGGACGCCCCUACAUGCCGUGUGACAGUUCUGAUGUUCUUUUCCAUGGCCUAGCCGCCAUGUCUCCACAUCGCGCCCUAGAACACUGCCUGUGCAAGAGUGUGAGCCUGCGCGAGACCCGUGGACGAGACGCCACCCACAUCCCACCGAGACCCCACAUCCGCACCUGUCUUGCGACCCUUUGCGACCAACUUCCCCACGUGCCUCCCCUUGCCCCGCCGACCGAGAAGCAGCACACCCAGACCGAGAUCUUUCGCUGACAAUGGUGCAUGCUCCGCUGUAGCAGCUGAGGUGAAGCACGCCCGCACGACGCGGCCUUGCAGGCCGCCGAUUGAUCCCAUCUUUGCCCUUGGGAGUUGGGACGCCGUCAUGGUGACAGUCCAAGCUGUGCAGCGAGGGCGCCAGGCGUGGCCGGCACGCAGUCUCGCGGUGAGGUACGUACGCAUUAGUUCCGCAACACUAGUCAAUAAUAGGU